AUGCCUCUGCAUUUUUUAUUCCUAGACCUGCAGAAGGCCUUUGACAGUGUUUCUAGGGAGAUGAUCUGGUGGGCGUUGCGGUCGAAAUUGGUACCAGAGACCUACGUGGAAAUCGUACGUGACAUAUACCGCAACUCCGAUUCAAUAGUCAGGACCGCUGUUGGUGAUACCACCCCCCUUCCCCAUAACCGUAGGCUUGCAUCAGGGCUCCGUCUUAAGCCCUAUCUCUUCAGUGUGAUAUUAGACGAACUGUCAGCCAGCGUACAGAAACUACCGCAGCCUUGGCUGCUUAUGUACGCUGAUGGCAUCGCACUGGUAUAUGGGAACAAAGGACGGCUCACCAGACCCGUGCAUGCAUGGAGGGAGGCGCUUGAGAGCGGCGGGCUGAAGCUAAACGUGGCGAAGAUGGAGUAUAUGGCCUGCCUGUUGCAGGCCAUAUACUCCGUCUUCUCAGAUCUGACGUCUCUCCGUGUAGGUGACAACACCGUCGAGAGCAAGGACAACUUCAGGUACCUCGGAUCUGUGCUUGAUGCGUCCAGGGACAUCGAUCGCGACAUGAAGGUCCGUAUAUCAGCGGCCUGGGCGAAAUGGCGCGAGGUGACGGGUGUCAUUUGUGACCCCAAAAUGACGGUAAAGCUGAAGGGACAGGUCUAUAAGACCGUCAUAAUGCCUGUCCUUACAUACGGCAGUGUGGUGGGGCUGUUGCUGGAGCGACACCGGCAGUUUUUGCAUGUCACGGAGAUGAACAUGCUGUGGUGGAUGUUGCCGGAGACGAAUUUCCGCCUGAUCCAGAACAAGACUGACGAUGAUACUGUGAACGUCAUAUGUGCUGCGGACAGAGCGUUUCCUGCACCAAACCUGACGCUAGCCACACCUGAGAGGUCGUAUAAAAUCGAAGAUGUGUGCUCUAUUCAGCAGUUGGCUUACAAGGCAAUUGCACCUUAUCGCUAA